CACCCGAUACCCACGAUAGCCACGAGCUCAGCAGCGCCGCCUGCCCGCCUCGCCUCAUACCACCACCUCGCUGCUGCUGCCACGAUGAGCACCAGCGACGGCCCGCACGCGCGCCUCUCGCCCAGCGCGCUCGCGCUCAAGCCGCACAACCUCACCACGUCGCCGCCGCCGCCGGGCUCGCCCAUGCCGCCCACUGCGCCGCUCUCGGCAUCCGCCCCGAGCCCUCCUCCGGAAGUCGAGGCGACGCUCAGCAAGCUCACCGCGCACCGCAACGUCACUGGCUGCCUCAUCCUCAGCCGCCCCGACGCCCUCGUCAUCCGUGCCGGCGGCGCGGCGUUUGACCCCAGUGGGCCCGGAGCGCACGGCCGCGCAGAGAAGCUGCGCAAGGUCACGCGCAUGGUGCGCAACGUCGUCGCCUGCCUCGGCACCGAGAUCCCCGACACGGAAGAGGGCGUAAGUGCGCUUCCCGAAGAGGCCAGUUGGUGAAGGGAGGCGCGGCUGGGUCCGAGGGAGGAGGCGAAAAGCAGGGCGGCUGGCUGCUAGCGGUUGCUUGCGCUGCAGUGCAUCGUGCUGUGCUGAUAGCGACGGGUGCGGCACGGCACUGCCCUGCUUGCGCGACGGCUGCAGGGCAUGCCAUGCUCCCGAGUCAAGCGCGACCUCACGGCACACACAGCUGACGAUGGCCCACCCUCGCAUGCAGGACGACCUGGGCUUCCUGCGCAUCCGCACGAAGAAGUACGAGAUGAUGAUCUCGCCGAGCGACAAGUAUCUCCUCGUCGUGCUGCAGGACCCGACCAUCCCGCCUUAGGCCCGCAC